GCGCAUGCGUAAUACAUCACGAAAUACAUUCGUGUGAUUGACAGCUGCCUUUCCGGUGCUCGCGUCGUUUACUUUGUCACCUGCCGGAAAAAAACCCCAACAUCAAGUCCAAAUUGAGGAUUAACGGCGUUCAAUGAACUAUCGUCAAAGUCCGCGUUUGAAAUGAGCGACGCCGUUUGCUGUGGGGGGAUUCUACUACCCUGAGUAACGACACGGUCAAGAGUGGAAGAGGAAGUCAUGUGGUGGUUCCAGCAGGGCCUCAGCUUCCUGCCCAGCCUUCUGGUGGUGUGGACGGCGUCGGCGUUCGUCUUCACCUACGUCACGGCAGUGGUCCUAAGACACGUAGACCCUCUGGUGCCCUACAUAAGCGACACGGGAGCGAUGGCACCAGAGAGGUGCGUGUUUGGCAUCAUGCUGGACGUCUCUGCCUUUUUAGGCAUGGCCACCGUGUACGUGCGCUACAAACAAGUGGAGGCGCUUAUGAGCAGCGAUGACCGAUGCGUCUACAGACUAAACCGCUACGGGCUGCUGCUGGGCCUCUUCAGCUCCUUGGGCAUGUGCGUGGUGGCUAACUUUCAGAAGACCACGCUGUUUUCGGUACACCUGCUGGGCGCCGUGCUGACGUUGGGCGUGGGCGCUCUGUACAUCCUAGCGCAGACGCUGCUGUCGCACCGCAUGCAGCCCCGCGUCCACGGCGCGAGGAUCUUCCACGUCCGCCUCGCUGUGGCGCUGUGGACCUUCGCAAGCAUCGUCACCAUGUUUGUGUCGUCCGUCGUCAUGUACAGCAGCCUGCCCGGAGUGGACAUCGCCCGCAAGUUGCACUGGUCGCCCGGAGAGACGGGCUACACAGCUCACAUCAUCAGCACAACGUGCGAGUGGUCCCUGGCAUUGUCCUUCAUCAGCUUCUUCCUGACGUACAUACGAGACUUCCAGAAAAUUAAGCUCCGAGCCGAAGUGGUGGUGCAUUGCGACCACUUGUACGACUGGCCGGCGGGGAGCUUCGCCGCCGCCAAUAUCCCCGACAAACCCGAAGCCUCCGAGUCGUCGCCGCUAUUACAGGGAGCCACGUGACACGGACAAGUAACAAAAACGUAACGCCGAUACGACUUUUUACAAGCACCUUUCCACUUUCUGUGCCCUUUCUUAUUUAGCCACUCUUAACAGAAAAAGUUUGAGAGCACUUGUUGCGGCACAAGAAUGGCAAAGUCGGUGAAGCCUGACUUCACUUCACACACGUAGUCCAUUGGAAGAAAUGGAAAGGGACUGUGUAUGCUGUUUGCGGGGGGGGGGGGGGGGGGAAUAAAGUAGAAGCUACUCACCUUUUGAAGCCACUUGGGACAUUAUUUUGUCGCUCUUUGGUUAAUUUUCCAUCCUCUUUUGUCACAGGAAAAAAAAAGCGCAAAGAAGCUGAGUUACUGGUUAGGCGCUCACUGAACUGAGGUUUCAUGUCAUUUGCUGAUGUUACGAGUGUUGGGUUUGAGAACGUGAUGGAAAUGUCAGUUAGUUUACUCAUGAAAAUCUUGGUUACGGUUUACAUUCGUAAAUCAAAUGAGGAGCAUUAAUACAGUAGACUUGUGGAUUAACGUAUUUGCAUAUUUGCUGUGUUCCCCCACUGCAUUUUUUUUUGGGGGGGGGGGGGGGGAUUGGCAAUGAUGGGUGCCAGUUAUUUGCAGUUUUUCUCUAUUCGGCCCACUGUAAAUAAAUACAUACUUGUAGACAACUUAAUUAUUU